CUUUUGCCUCCCUCAUUUCUGAGGUGAUGCCCAAAGUGAAGCGGAGCAGGAAGCCUCCCCCGGAUGGCUGGGAGCUGAUCGAGCCAACGCUAGAUGAGCUGGAUCAGAAGAUGAGGGAAGCGGAGACUGAACCUCAUGAAGGGAAGAGGAAAGUAGAAUCCCUUUGGCCUAUCUUCAGAAUUCAUCACCAGAAAACGCGCUACAUCUUUGACCUCUUCUAUAAAAGAAAAGCCAUCAGCAGAGAGCUCUAUGAGUACUGCAUCAAGGAAGGAUACGCUGACAAAAACUUGAUUGCAAAGUGGAAGAAACAGGGUUAUGAGAACCUCUGCUGCCUGCGAUGUAUCCAGACACGGGACACCAACUUUGGAACCAACUGCAUCUGCAGGGUCCCCAAAAGCAAGCUGGAAGUGGGGAGGAUCAUUGAAUGCACUCACUGUGGAUGCAGAGGCUGUUCAGGGUGAAGCCUUUAGCCCCAAGACUGCUUUUUGAACUCUGAGGGAUAUCAUCCUACGCAAUGGACUAUUAGCACAAUUACAGCCACCUUCUGCGUGAUUGGUUACUUCUCUACGGCAAUUAAAACUGCAGCAUACUCAUCUGGAUCGCAUAUACAGUGGUGGUUGGUUGGGAGUAGGUUUUCGUGUAGUCAUUUAUUUUAAAAUAAAGGCUGCCCUCCUGAGAGA